AUGCAGAUGCGGAGGGUUGGGGUCCUGGAGGGGUCGACCACCACGACGAAAUCGGGGAAAUCCCAGACGAUUUACCGGGGACCGGAGUCACCACUGUACUCCGCAGUCUGUCCCUUCGUCUACGUGUUCAGGAUAUUUGGGGUUGCACCUUACGAGUUCGCUGAUGACAUUCUCGUUCCCUCCUGUCGCAACGCGAUAUUCUCGUUUAUUUGGCUGGGGCUUUAUUGUUGGAUUAUCUAUGAGGUAUUGGCGAGCUUCUAUCAUGUGGAUCGGGGGAGCCCCCUGCUCGGUCACACUGAAACUGUCAAGACAGUUUUCAAUUUCUUCGUAGCAGUAAUGGAUAUUUUCGUAGCCCUAUACUACCGCGCUGAAUUCACAAAAAUCUGGAAUUCGCUUCAAGACCACGACGACAAAAUCCGAGAGCUCGGCUACGCCAGAUCCGAGCGAAAACCCACGAUUUUCGUGUGGGUGACCCUGGUCCUGAGUUUUGUCAUGUGUCUGUCAAUAAAUCGUCUCGGGAUGUGGGCAUUCAUUCAAUCCUGGUGGGACAAUAUGUCCUACCUCAUGAUGUACAUCGGCACAGCAAUCUCAAUAGUGAAGUUUUCAGGAAUUCUUCUGCUACUGGGGGAUCGUUUCCAUCAGCUCAAUGAAAUAGCCAAGGAGAAUAUUCCAGUUAAACCGAGGUGGAUAACUAUAUUGCCCGUUGUGAAUGCCAAAGCUGUGGAACGUCUGCACGACAGCCUGAUGGUGCUGGGGGAAAAACUCGAGUCCAUGCACUCGUGGUCUCUCAUGGCUUGGAUCGCAAACUUGAGUUUUCACCUUAUCUUCAAUCUUUAUUUCAUUAUUGAUUGGAUACUCAAGCCUGAAGUUAUAUGGGCACCUGUAUUCUGCUUGCUCUCGUGGACAGUAGCCUUCACUGGGCAACUCAUCUUGCUGCUUUAUGCGUGCGAUUAUGCGUCUAGCGAGGCCAGCAUGAUGGCUUAUAUUAUGCUCUCGUGGAAGCGAUUGCUGUACACACAGAAUAGAGACAUGGCUGUGGAUACUUUGAUGCAUUUGAGGAAUCGAAGACUUCAUUUUUGCGCCGCCGGGUGCUUCGAUGUUAAUCUGCCGUUAUUGAGCUCGAUAGCAUCCCUUUUGACCACGUACUUAGUGAUACUCCUUCAAUUCGAGGCAGACUGA